GAGGAAACUACUGAAGAGUGAAGAGUGAAGAGUGAAGAGUGAAGAUUUGAGUCUGAGUUUGGAUUCUGGAAAGGCGAUGGAAGCAGGUGAGGGGAUGGCUAAUGGCAAUAAUAAUUCUCACGAUACCAAAUCGCUCCUCUCGUCAUCAGGGAGGGACUUCCUUAUCCGGAACAACGGCGAUCAGGUGAAAUGUGAAAAUUUGAGUGGGAAGAACAUAGGGCUAUAUUUUUCAGCCUCAUGGUGUGGACCAUGUCGUCGUUUCACUCCAAAUUUAGUGGAUGUCUAUAAUGAACUCUGUACACAGGGUGAUUUGGAGAUAAUUUUUGUUUCGGCAGAUAAAGAUGAGAAUUCAUUCAAUGAGUAUUUCUCCAAGAUGCCAUGGCUUGCAAUUCCUUUUUCCGAUUCAGAGACUCGUGAUCAACUUAACAAGUUGUUCAUUGUGAGGGGGAUACCCAACCUUGUGAUUCUUGAUGGGAAUGGCGAAGUUGUAAGUAAGUCUGGUGUUCAAAUCAUAAGUGAUUAUGGAGUGGAAGGGUACCCAUUUACAGCAGAAAGAGUCACAGAGCUGAAAGAGCGAGAGAAGGCAGCCAAAGAGGCACAAUCAUUGAGUUCCAUAUUGGUUUCGCAAUCCCGGGACUUUCUAGUUUCAAAUGAUGGGAAGAGGGUUCCAGUCAUUGAGCUUGAAGGAAAGACAGUAGGCCUAUAUUUCUCUAUGUCUCGUUAUGGUUCUUGCAUCGAAUUUACUCCAUUACUCGUGGAGGUUUAUGAGAAACUGAAGGAGAAAGGAGAGAAAUUCGAAGUCGUCUUAGUUUCGCUUGAUGAUGUUGAGGAAACAUUCAAGGAAGAUUUCCAGAAAAUGCCUUGGUUAGCAUUACCCUGCAAGGAUAAGAGCUGUAACAAGCUGGUUCGAUAUUUCGAACUCAGAACUCUUCCCACAUUGGUUAUAGUAGGGCCAGAUGGAAAAACUCUAAACCCCAAUGUUGCUGAGAUUAUUGAAAAUCAUGGAGUUCAGGCAUACCCAUUCACACCUGAAAAGUUGGAAGAGCUUGCAAGGAUAGAGGAGGCAAGGCUAGAAGCACAAACUCUAGAAUCAAUUUUGGUUCUGAAAGAUCGGGAUUUUGUGAUCAGUAAAGAUGGAACCCAGAUUCCGGUCACUCAGCUUGUGGGAAAGAACAUCCUUCUAUACUUCUCUGCAGAAUGGUGUCCUCCAUGCCGUGCUUUUCUACCUAAGCUGAUCAAUGCUUACCACGAGAUCAAGGCAAUGGAUGAUGCAUUUGAAGUGAUUUUCAUAUCAAGUGACAGAGACCAAGCUUCCUUUGAUGAAUUCUUUUCUAAGAUGCCAUGGUUGGCACUCCCGUAUGGUGAUGAAAGGAAGAAAUUUUUAAGCCGCAGGUUCAAGAUUUCUGGAAUCCCUACUGCAAUAGCCAUUGGGUCUACCGGCAAGACCGUGACCAAGGAUGCCAGGGAACUUCUGAUGGUUCAUGGGGCUGAUGCCUAUCCUUUCACUGAAGAACGCUUGAAGGAGAUUGAGGUAAAACUUGAAGAGCUCGCAAAACAAUGGCCUAAGAAGGUGAAGCAUGUGCUCCAUGAGGAGCAUGAACUUGUGCUUACUCGACGUCCAAUUUACGACUGCGAUGGGUGUGGGGAGGAAGGCAAAGACUGGUCCUUCCUCUGUGAAGAGUGUAACUAUGAUCUCCAUCCAAAGUGUGCUUUAGAGGUAGAUAAAGGAGAGAAAGAUGAUGUUAAAGAUGUAGAUGCUGAUGCCAAUGAUGGCAUCGAGCAAGCUUCCAAGGAAGGAUGGAUAUGUGAUGGAGAGGCAUGCCAAAAAGCUUGAGGUGUUGAAUUUACCAUAAAUUGAAACUUGGUGCACUCUGUGUUGCAUUUGCUUGUUUGGUUGUAGACUUGAUCAUCUUAGUUGAAAUGUAUUCAUAGGGCUGCCCCUUAUCUUAAUAUAUAGAAAUGUUUGGUUGUGUCUCGUGUAAAAUAUGGUGGCACUAAUGCUUUCCUGGGAAAAUAAAAGGGAAGGAGAUGGGUGAGGUCUGAGGGAAAGAAAAGUGAAGUGAUUUCUCAAAAUGUUGUUUCUUUGGCAUGUUCACUGUUUUAACUCUCUUUCAAUGUAAUUUCAAGUAAUGAGUAAGAAAUGAGUCUUCUUAUGAAA